GCAGUACGCGCUGGAGCAGGAAAUCUGACGAUAUUUAAGGCAAGCGUUUACACAAUUUUUUGCCAGACUUCUGAAGAAAGUACCCCAAAGUAAGAAGACCAGAAGAUCUCACUGUGAAAAUAUGGUCAAAAUAAUCUUGCUUACCCUUUUCGUCUCCUUAGUAGCAAUAUGCUCAGCUAUACCGUAUCCACUACUGGAUGGAUUCGGUGGUUAUGAUCGUUACAGGGGAGGAUUCGGAAGAUACGACUAUGGAUACCCUGGAUAUUUUCGUGAUCGUUAUGGAUAUGGUCUCGGUUAUAGCUGUCGCUAUGGUGAUCAAUGUUAUGGGCCAGGUUAUGGUGGAUAUGGUGACUAUGGUAGAUAUGGCGGCUAUGGUGGCUAUGGAGACUAUAACAGAUAUGGUGGAUAUGGAGACUAUGACAGAUAUGGUGGCUAUGGUGGAUAUAGAGACUAUGACAGAUAUGGUGGCUAUGGUGGAUAUGGAGACUAUGACAGAUAUGGUGGCUAUGGUGGAUAUGGAGACUAUGACAGAUAUGGUGGUUACGGUCGCUAUCGUCUCGGUGGUUAUCGUUAUGAUAGUUAUUACAAUCGCUAUGGGUACAAUUAAUUUGAAAUUCAAGUAAACAAUGCAACCAAUUUAGGCCUUUAAACCAACAGUUACGGGGUAGGAAUGACUCUUCAAUCAUCAAACCGUGGUUUUAGAAUGUUUAAUCCAACUGACAAACAUAGAAAGUGGUAUAUGGCUAUACGGCAUUAUUUGUUGGGCAAAUGGAGAUCAUUUUUAUGAAAUACUUGUCAAACGUUUCACUUUAGAUUUAAGGUGAUUUAUAAUCUUGCAAAUAUUUUUGUGUGCUUCUUAGUUAUGAAAGUCAAUAAAGAUGUUCAUAUAAUUA